AUGGAUUCCAUCAAGCAGGGCGCCAACUACGUCUCCGAGCAGGUCCAGAAGGCCACUUCCGGCACCAGCAAGGAAGCCAACAAGGAGGUUGCCAAGGACAGCAACGCCAACGUCGGCACUCGUCUCAGCGCUGCCAAGGACGCCGUCGGCGACAAGGUCAACGAGUCCGGCCACGAUGCCAAGGCUGAGGCUCACAAGCAGCAAAUCUAA